CUGUACUGUACGUACUAGGUAAAAGACAACUUCCCGUAACGUGGAAUGAGAACUACAAACAUCCGCAAUUAUGGCUGAGAUCCGUACAGAGUUACCUUCUGAUGUGCAGAAUAUCACUAAUAACACUAGCGCUAGUAGUAGUAGCAGUAGUGGCAGCGGUAUAGUGCAGCAGACUAAUAAUCCUCUUUCCAGGAAACUCAAUAAAAUACUCGAAACACGACUUGACAAUGACAAGGAAAUGCUGGAAGCCCUUAAAGCAUUGUCUGCUUUCUUUGCUGAGAACAGUUUGAGGACAAGAAGAAAUCUACGAGGAGAUAUAGAACGCAGAAGUCUGUCUAUAAAUGAAGAGUUUGUAAACAUUUUCAAAGAUGUGAAAGAGGAAUUAGAAAAAAUCCAUGAAGAUGUGCAGGAAAUGAGUACCUGUUGUCAGGAUAUGACCAACCGAUUAAAGGCGGCAAAGGAGCAGACUCAAGAUCUGAUUGUGAAGACCACAAAGCUUCAGACUGAAAAUCAGAGAUUGGAACUACGAGCACAGGUAGCAAAUGCCUUUUUGUCAAAGUUUCAGUUGACUGCUGGCGAAAUGACUAUUCUUCGAGGUACAAGAGAGGGCUCAGUUACAGAGGAUUUUUUCAAAGCAUUAGGGCGUGUAAAACAGAUUCACAAUGAUGUUAAAGUUCUUCUGCGAACAAACCAACAGACAGCUGGCCUUGAAAUUAUGGAGCAAAUGGCACUCCUCCAGGAGACUUCAUAUGAACGGCUUUACAGAUGGGCACAAAGUGAUUGCAGGACCUUGACUCAGGAAUCAUGUGACAUUCCACCAGUUUUGGCACAGGCCAUGGAAGCAUUGCAGGACAGACCUGUGUUGUACAAGUACACAUUGGAUGAAUUUGGGACAGCGAGGCGAAAUGCAGUGGUCCGUGGAUUUAUCGAUGCUCUUACAAGAGGUGGACCUGGUGGCACUCCACGUCCCAUUGAAAUGCAUUCUCAUGAUCCUUUGCGGUAUGUUGGAGAUAUGCUGGCUUGGUUGCAUCAAGCCACUGCUUCUGAGAAAGAACACCUUGAAGCAUUGCUAAAGCUUGUUAACUUGCAAGGUGUUGAAGAGAACAUACAGGAAGUGGUUGGUCACAUAACAGAAGGUGUUUGCAGGCCACUGAAGGUUCGAAUUGAGCAAGUAAUAGUUGCUGAACCAGGGGCGGUUUUGUUAUAUAAGCUCUCUAAUCUUCUCAAAUUCUAUCACCAUACUAUCAGUGGAAUUGUUGGAAAUAGUGCAAGUACUUUGCUGACUACCAUUGAAGAAAUGCAUAUCUUGGCCAAAAAGAUGUUUUUCAACAAUCUUGGUCUUCAUGCAAGUAAAUUAAUGGACAAGGUUGAACUGCCACCCCCAGACCUUGGGCCAACAACAUCUCUGAAUCAAACUCUUAUACUUUUACGUGAAGUUCUUGCAUCACAUGACUCAUCUGUUGUACCACUGGAUGCUCGACAGGCUGAUUUUGUUCAGAUUUUGUCAUGUGUUUUAGAUCCUCUUCUACAAAUGUGUACUGUAUCUGCAAGCAAUCUGGGUACAGCUGAUAUGGCUACCUACAUGGUUAACUCUUUGUAUAUGAUGAAGACAGCACUGGCACUCUUUGAAUUUACAGACAAACGAUUAGAAAUGUUGCAGUUUCAGAUUGAAGCACAUUUAGAUACCCUUGUAAAUGAGCAGGCAUCAUUUGUGUUAACAAGAGCAGGACUGAGCUAUAUAUACAAAUGUGUACAGCAAUACAAAGAAGAGCAGGGGCCAUUGUGCAAUGUACCAAGCAUGGAUGCUGCAUCAAUAAAGGCAGCUAUGGUGCAGUUUGAUCGAUAUCUUGCUUCUCCAGAUAGCCUAUUAAUGCCACAGCUUAGUUUGCUUUUGAGUGCUACCAUAAAAGAGCAGAUACUGAAACAAUCGACUGAGCUGGUGUGUAGAGCCUACAGUGAACUAUAUGCAGCUGUGAUGAAUCCAUCCAAUCAAUACAGAGAACCAGAAUCCAUUCUGCACAGAUCUCCUCACCAAGUUCAGACACUUCUUUCUUAAUUUACACAGCUUUCUCUCUGAUUGUGUAUACUGUAAAUAAAACAAUAUCAUCAAAGUGCUGUAAAGAUGUUUUAUGUUUUGUAUGGAUAUCCCCCCUUUAAGUAUCAAGAUUUUCUAAACAUUCAUUGGCCCUGGGCAUCAGAAAGAGUGGUAGAGAAAAGUUGUUGAAACCUGAUAGUCAUCGUUAAAUUUCUUUUGCCUCCUUGCUGCUAGAUGUUUUUUGUAUUUCACAUCAACAGCCUUACAUCAUUUACACACUGUUUCAAUUAAAGCCAACAGUGACAUGG